ACAAACCCCCACCUCGUCACCAACCUCGCCCUCGCUCCCAAUGCUGCGCCUUGUGUGAUUCCUCGGGGCCUCGACAUUGAUCGUUCCCUCUUCGCUGGGAGAGGACGCACUCAUCGAGGACGCCCCGCCGCCCUGAAAAAUUCCCCCCUCUCCGACCGCCGCGCGCCAUGCCCACAGCCGCAGCCCCCAAGGCCGUCGACACAAACGACACGGCCGACUCGUCCUCGGACCCCAUCACGGCGUCGUAUCAGGUCUUCCUCAACCCGGCGCUGCCGCUCGGCCGGCGACUUCUCGUCUUGCAGCACCCGAACCGUACCGAUGACGCGCCGCGCCCGCCGCCCACCGAGAUGCGCGUCAAGGCCCACUCGGGCAUGGUCGAGGUCGACAUGCCCCUCGACACGGGCGUCGCCUACGAUCGCGAGAAGGGCCUCAAGUGGGGGCGCACACUCAACGCCUCCAUGGCCACCAAGAACGGCGGCAGCCACGGCCUCGCCGGCGGCUUCGGCUUCGGCGCCGUCCAGCAGCGAGGGCCCGGCCGCAAGAAGGGCGACGCCGCGGCCGCCGGCGCAGACGACGAGGACCAGUACCUCGACUGGAACGACGCCGUGAGGCAGGACAAGGUCCUGCGCACGCAGACCCUCGGCGGCCAGUACCCCGACACCAACGAGGUGCAGUACAUGGUCGGCGUCUUUCAAGGCAAGGAUCUCCAUCUUACACCCGUCUCCUCGCUCGUCCACCUCCGCCCGCAGCUACAUCACAUCGACGCCACCACGCAACAGGAGCGCAACGCCGCCGCCGCCGCCUCCAAAGACGCCGGUGCCGGCGGCGCCUCCUCCACUGCUGCGCGCGCCAUCCACAUGACCAUCAAGGCCACCGGCGACGGCGACGCCGUCACAACCGAGACCAUGGCCGACCGCCUGCGCUACGUCCAGAGCGAGCCUUGGCGCAAGAUGCGCUACACGGACGAAAACGAGGAGGCUGCCUGGGAGGUGUACAACGAGAGCCUCUUCCUCAGGCCAAAGGCCGACGACGCCCAGCCCACAGCCGCCGCCGCCGUGCACGGCAAGGACGCCCAAGCACAGCAGCAGCCGCCCCUCGAGGACGCGGUGCCGAGGUUCGGUGCCAAAUGGGCCGACAAGCAGCUGCUCGAGGCCGUCAGCGGCAUCGUCAAGCCCGACCCCCCCGAGCCGGAACCCCCGGUCGUGAAGGCGGAGCCCAAGGGUAAGCAUCCCGAAGUUGCCCCCGAUGAGGCCAGAAGGCCAAAGGGCAGGACGACGCGAGGCGGAGGCACGGCAGGCGCCGCCCCCCGAAGGGGUGGUCGGGCAAAAGCAUCGACGUCCAAGACCACCGUCAACAUUGACUGAGCCGCCCCGUCGGUCAGCCACGCAAGAAGCCAAAAGGCAAAUCUAGCUGCAAGCAAGAUGUAAGUAUUGAGCCAUGUGCGUCGUCACGCACGUGCUUUCACAUGGGUC